AUGGGUGCAACACAAUCAGCAGUGAUUCAAGAUGCAAGUGAUGAUGAAGUGGAAUAUAGUGAUGCUGAGACAGAUAUAAGUCAUUCAACACCGAUCAAAAAUAAGAAUGUUAUAGGGAAUAGUGAAACUGAUGAACUAAAUGAAUUGAGAAUUGCAUUCGAAAAAUGUUGUCAAGAAAAUAGAGUUCUUCGUGAAUCGCUUGGUAUUUCUAUUGAAGAUCUAGUCGAUCGGACUAGAGUACUACCUAUUCCGUCAGCGACAAGUCCAUCGUAUUCGUCCAAUACAUUAAUAGCACAAUAUGAAGAACGUGAAAGAGUUCUUCUAAAUGAAAAUAAUUUCUUAAAACGAGAAAUCGAUACAUUAGACUUUCAAUUAAAAGAAACUUUUGAUAAAUUAGAAAAAUUAAAUAAUGAACAUCAAAAUGAAAUUGCAAGAAGUGAAGAUGAAAAAGUUAAAGCUGAUCGUACAUUACGACGUUUAAAAUCUGAUUAUGAUACUCGUAUUGCUAAUAUGAAAGAAGGGCGAGCACAAUCAUCAGCUAAUAAUGAAACAUAUCGACAUGAGCCAUUACUUGCUCGAAUUCGUUUUACUUAUCCUUUGCAAGGACAAGCAACUUCCAAUGUCGAUAUUCAAGCAUAUCUUGAUAAAAUUGCUGAUCAAGAACAUAUUAUACAACAACUUACCAAGGGAAAGGCACCGAUGUCAAUAACAUAUCCACCCAAUACAGAUUCUGAAUUGACUUAUGAAAAUAUUCAACGAUUGAAAGAUAAAAUAAAAUGUUAUAGUGAAGAUUUUAAUAAAUUACAAAGUGAAUGUGAACAACUUAGACAAAGUGAGAAAAAAUUACGACAUGAAAUUGAUGAGAUACAACGUUAUUGUAUUCCUUUUGAAAAAGUUAAUCGUGUACGAGUAUCUGUACCAUCAACAUCAUCACCGUUUACUUCUGCUAAUCAACAAACUGAUAGUCUACAAUCACAUGUCACUGGAAUAAUAUCAAAUCUUCGAGAAGAUGUUACACAUGUAUCUAAUAUAAAAGAUUAUGUAGCACAAUUAGUACAGGAAAAUGUUGAUUAUCAAAGAAUAGUCAAAAACCAAGAUGCAGAAAUUCAAGAAUACAAACUUCGAUCAAAUUCUAAAUCUGAUAUAAGAAUAAGAGAACUUGAAUAUGAUAUAGAAAGUUUAAAAAAAGAAGUUGAAAAUCGUGUUCAAAGUUUGAAAGUAUGUACUGAUGAAAAUGAACGAUUAAGAGCAACACAAUCACAUCGUCUUGAAGAAAUGAAACUUCAAUAUACUGAAGAAAUUCAAACUUUACAUGAAGAACACGAAGAACUUACACAACAAAUUCGACAAUCGAAUGAACGUUAUAAUCAGUCUAAAGCAGACGUAGUCGAAACACAACGACAGUAUGAAGAAUUACGAAUCAAAUAUGAAAACACAAAAGCACAAUUACAAUCAAUGAACAUAGACGACUUGACACAUCAAAUACGGGUGCGAGAAAAACAAAUUGAAGAUUAUCAUAAAAAAUUUGAUCAAAUGACAAUUGAUUAUGAAGAAGGGUUAAAUCAACGUCAAAGACAAAUAGAUAUUGAAAAAGAAAACGCUAAACGCGUAAUUGAUACUGAAAUAAAACGAUUUAAUGAACUUCAAACAAACUAUGAUCGAUUACAAUCAAAUGGUGCCGAUCAUAAAGAUCGAUUGGAAAAGCAACGUCAAACUUAUGAACUUCAAAUAUCCGAACUUGAAAAUGCACAUGACAAUAAAUAUGAGCAAUUAAAACAAACAACUGAUGCUUUAAGAAAAGAAAUAGUUGAUUGUAAAGUUCGUGUUCAACAUUAUGAAGAUGAAAAUGAACGAUUUCGAACUGAAUAUCAAACAUCAGAUCGUAAUUAUCAACAUAUAAAACAUGAACGUGAUGUUGCUCUUAAUAAUCUGAAUGAAGUGAAGCGUAAAUGUGCUCAACUAGAACAUGAUCUGAUUGCUACUGAAACGCGAUUAAAGGAAUGUGAAAGAAGUAGUCGAAUUUUAAAUGAUGAAAAUACUAAAUUUCAACACGAACUAGACGAACUUAAGAUUAAAAUCACAAUUCAAAUUCAAGAACAAUAUGAAAAUGAAUAUCAUAAUCGUUAUGAAGAAUUGACUGCUCGCAAAGACGCAGAAAUUUCAAAUGCCUUGGAAGAAGUAAAAACUACUGAAUCUAAUUAUCAACGAUGUAAUAAUGAAAGAAUACAUUUUGAAAAGCAAUUUCAUGCAGUUGAAAAUGAAUUACAAAAAGCAAAUAGAACGCUAGAAAAUCAUGUUAAAGAUAUCAGUCGUCUUAAAGAAGAUCUUCAACGAUCAAAUGAACAAUCUGAUCAUGAUUAUCAUACAUUUAAUGAACAAUUAAAUAGUGCAAAUCAUCAUAUACAACAAUUAGAACAAAGAAUUCAAGAAAAAAAUCAACGCAUUCUUGAACUUACUGGUAAUCCAAAAGAUGUAACUUCCUCACUAAAACCCAAUGAUCGAUUGUCGCUCUUGACAAGUUAUGAACAAAUAAUUGCAGAAUUACGAAAGAAUGUUCAAGAACAGGAAGAAUUAAUUAAAUUACUUCGAACUAAAGAUCCUGGUGGUAGUAAUGACUUAGACGAUAUUUAUUUAGAAAUUCGAAUUCGUAUUGAUCAAUUAGAACAAGAUCUUCAAGCACAAGAUAACACAAUUGAUCCAAAACAUUCUGAUCGUAAUACUUUAAUUCAUGAUAAACCUUCGAGUUAUGAGAAACGAUCAAGUUGGAUAAUAGUAAAACACGAUUUUGAAAAAUGUAAACAAGAACUCGUUACUACGGCUGAUAAAUUAACGCGAGCUGAACAAAUAAUCAAUGACCAACAACAUGAGAUUGAUCACUACAAACAAGAACAUCAUAAUUUAACUAUUAAACUUAAUAUUCUUCUUGACGAAAAAGACGUUCUUACCGAUAGAAUAAGAGCUUUAGAAAAGGAAUGGAAAUUGCGACCAAUUCCUGAGAAUCCAUCUGAAUCAAAUGAUCAAUAUGAAAAUGAAAUUCGAACUUUUCAAAAUACACUUCAACAACGUGAAGAUUCCAUACAAACUCUUCAAGAUUCAAUUCAUACUUUGAAACAAGAUUUAAAUAACGUUCAUCAAGCUAAGGACAAAAUUCAAGCGGAUUAUAAUCAAAUGACGAAACAAGUUACAUCAUUACAUGAAGAAUCAUCUAUUAAAGAUAGAGAAAUACGCAAAUUAGAUGAUUUAAUUAAGAACAUACGAUCAACGGGUGACUCUUCAUCAACAAUUGUAUUAUUACAAGAUCAAAUACAACAGAGAGAUCAAGAAAUAAAUAAUCUUAUAGAAAGACUUGAAUCAAACAUUCCGAAUCAACCGAGUCCAACUCAUAGUACAACGGUUAUAUACGAGCAUGCCAGUCGACGUCGCCCAGAUAUUGAUCGUUUAACUCAUGAAGAACUAUUAUUUGAACUUGAUACAGCUUUAGAAAUCAAUAGAAAUUUACAUAAACAAUUGAACGAAAAAGCUCCUCCUCUUACGGAAAUUCACAAACAAUUAGUCGAAGUACGAAAAGAACUUGAACGUCAAAAAUAUGUUAAUCAAGUUUUAUGGCGUAAAUUAGAUGCAUUAAUUGAUAUUCAUGGUUCAAAUACAAGAGCUGAAUUAGCUAUUGAAUUAGCUAAUUAUCAAGAAGAAGUUGCUAAUUUAAAAGCACAACGAACACGUACGAACGCUGCUCGCUCUGUUAUAAUCAAUGCUAAUGCGCGAUCCUCUUCAGGUUAUUUACUUAGAUUUUGUAUUAACCACUUCCCCUAA